AUGGAAUAUUUUAUGGCAAAUUUUGACACAAAAAAAAGAAAUGUCAAAAAAGAAAAAAAUAAUGAUAGGGAUGUAUUUGAUAAAUUAUAUAAAUUACUCAAAAAAACAUCAACAUUUCAGGAGACUUCUAUUAAUAGUAAUGGUGAAUGGAAUAAUAAUAAUAAUAAAUAUAAUAAUAGUAAUAAUACAACUCCUGAAUAUAGUAUAUUAACAUCAAAUGAAAUGUAUACAAAAAUAUUUAAAAAUCUUGUUACAACUGUUAAACCAUCAAAUUUUGUUGCUAAUAGUAUGGCAAGAAAUUGUAUCUCAAAAGCUGAUGUCUUAUUUGACAUUGAUGGUGAUGAAUUUGAUGAAGAACAUUUGAUGGAUAAUGUUAAUUUAAUAUCAAUAUUAGAUAGAAAUAUUGUUGAAAAUUUUAUUAGAAAACAGAAAGUAUAUAAAAAUGGUAUAUUUGAUUCUACUAUUGAGGAUACUGAUACCGGUGAUAGUAGUAGUUUUAGAAGUUUUACUAAACCAUCAUCAAAUAAUUUAAUUUUUUCUGGUUAUCAAGUAAUAUUUUCAAUUAUUCUUGAUUUACAAGAUCAAAAUCCACAUAUGUGUAUAAAAGCAUUACAAGAAUUAAAAAGACAAUUAGAAUGUAUACCUUUUCGUAAAUUACAUUAUACUAAUACUGGUAAAUUUAAAAAUAAUAAUAUUUUCCAAAUGGCUGAUACUCCAAGUAAUGAAAUUGAGGUUAUGACACAUUCAAUGACAACAAAAUUAAAAAUAUUACGUCUUCAUUACAAUAAAACAAUAGCAGAUUUAGCUCAAAAUUGUUUAUUAGGAUUAUCAAUAGCUUAUGGAUCUAUAAAUAUGAUAUUUGAUAUAAUAACAAGUAUUAUAAUAAAUGAAAGAUCUACCUCAGAAAGAUUAGUAGAAUCUGGAGAAUUUUUUAAACAACAACAAAUUUUUUGUAAUGAUGAUUAUUGUAGAGUACCAUAUAAUUUUUAUCAAUUUGUUUUAUUUAUUCAAAAAAUGUCUUUAUCAUGUGGAUGGAAUUUAGAUAGAUAUUUAGAUUUAUGGUAUGAAGAUACUAUUGAUAAUCAUUCAUUAUUAUGUCAAUUUAAUAUAAAAUUUAAAUCAACAUUAAAAAAAAAUGAAAAUAAAUUAUUUUCUUCAAUAACAUCAGAUGGAACAUAUUUAUAUAUUCUUAAUAAUAAUGGUUUAUUUAAAAUUGGUACAGGUUUUAAUGAAACAAAACGUGGACAUAUAUAUAUGUCAAAUGUAACAAUAUAUGGUAGUGAAAAUAGAAAUUUAUAUUUAUUUCAAAAAAAUAAACAUGAAUAUUUGUUAAUUGAUAAUACACUUAUAACAUCAAGUGAUUUUAAUUUUCAUAAAACAUUUUUACUUAUUGAUAAAGGAACAUUACAAGAUUUAUAUCAUAUUGUUGUUAAAGCUCCAGCAAUCUCAACAAAAACAACAUUUAAAGAUCAUAUAUAUUUUGUUGAUAAUAGUAAAAAAGAAAAUUAUGAUGAUAGUAAAUUAAUGUUUACAUGUCUUGAUGAAAAAAGUAAUGAUUUAGUUAUUGAAGAAUUAGAAAUUAAUGAAAUGUUUGAAGCUAUACAAAAAAAUUCUGAUAACGAUGAAAAAUAUUGUUACUCUAAACAAAGAUAUCAAUUAGUAUAUUAUUCAUUUGUUAAAAUUAAUUCAUCCUCUGAUGGUAAUGAUAUUAAAAAAAUAAAAAUACCUAAAUAUCUUUUUCAAAGAAAUAUAAAAAAUUAUUAUGAAAUUAAAGAUUCAUCAAAUAAAGAAAUUAUAGGAAAAGUAUUAUUAACUAAUUGUGGUAAUUUAUGGUAUUAUGGUGAUUGUCAAAAAUUUGGCCUACAAAAUAAUGGUACUGAAAUUGAUAGUGAGAUAGAUGAUGAUGAUGAUGAUGAAAAUCUUGAUGAUGAUAAUGAAAAUUUAUCUAAUGAAAGAAAAUGGAAAAGAUUUACUUUAUCAAAUUUUUUUAUAAUUGAUAAUGAUAAUGAAAAAAUUAAAUAUAUAAGUUAUACACAUGAUAUACCAGAUUCAAUGUUACUUACAUUAGAUAAUGGAAAAGUAUUAUUAUUAGGUAAAAGUAUAUUUACAUUACCAUUAAUUAAAGGAAAUGAAUUUAUUAAUACACCAACAAAAAUAUCAUCACCAAAUAAUUUUAUACCAUCAUUAUAUGUUAAAGAAGAAAUUUUACUUGAUAAUGAUAAAAAUCAAAAAACAUCAAUUCCUGUUAGAAGAAUAAGAUUUAAUUAUAAUAAAAAAAAGAUUGUUAAAGCAAUAUUAAAAAAAGAAUUUUGUUUUUUUAUAUCUGAAACUGGUAUGAGUUAUAUGAUACCAUUACCAAAAUUAGGUAAAAAUAAUUGUUUUAUUAAAACUAUUCCUGAUUCUCCUGAAGUUGCAAGUUUAGAAAAUAUAUCAGUUAAAGAUAUUGUAUUUGGUAAAAGUCAUGGAGUUGUAUUAGAUAAACAUGGUAAAGUAUGGACAUUAGGUUUUAAUGAUAAAUUUCAAUGUGGUAGAGAUGGAAAAAAUAAUGAUAAUAAUAUGACUAAUUUUUUAUUUAAUGAUAAAAUUUUAAAUUUAUCACCAAGAAAUGAAGAACAUUCACCAGUUAGAAUAUCAACAAAAAAUAUACCAAUAAAUUCAUUAUGUCGUAAUGAUAAUCAUUAUUUUUCUCCUGAUGAUCCACCAACAAUAUGCCUUAUUUGUAAUAAAUGUAGUGCUAGAGGUAAUAGAUGUAGUUAUGCUAUGACACAUUCUGAAGUUACAUAUAAUAAAAAAUCAGGAAUAGGUUUAAAAAAAGGUGAUUUAUGUAAAUGUUUAACUAAAAGUAAUGGUAAAGUUAUUGGUGUUUGUUGUAGAUGUGGUAUAUGUAAAGGAUGUGCUACAAAUUAUAGUACAUAUAUUAGAGAUGCUCAUAAAAAUCCUAAUGAAACUAAAAAAAGAAAAGAAAUAGAUGAUAAAAUUAAUUAUGAAUGGGCAUUACAAUUACCUAUUAAUGAAAUUAUUAUUGAUAUUAAAGCUGGUGAUAAUCAUUCAAUAAUUUUAACAAAAGAUGGUUCUGUUUAUACAUUUGGUUCUAAUGACUAUGGACAAUUAGGUAUUGAAAAUAUUGAAAAUGAAAGAAAAGAAAAAAAAUAUUUUUAUAAAGUAUCAUUUGGUGAUAAAAAAGUUAAAAUUGAUCAAAUUAUAGCUGGACCAAAUAUUUCAAUUGCCAAGACAGAUACUGGUGUAUUAUGGUUUUGGGGUUUAAUAGAAAAAGGUUGUAAAAAUAAAAAUAAAUUAAGAAUAAUUAAAACAAAACCAACAUUAUUAAGUGAUAUUAUUAAUGAAAUAAUUGAUGAUGAUUUAAAAACAAAAAGUGAUAAAAUUUUAAAAAAUUGUUCAUGUUCCUGGUUAUGUAUGUCAAAUAAUUCAUUAAUUCUUCAAUUAAGAAAAAAUCUUUUACAAUCAAAUUUUUGUGAUACUAAAUCAAAUAAUAAUCAAUUAAAAUUAAAUAAUUGUAAAAUAAUUGCUGAUAAUGAUUAUUAUGUUAUUAUGCCAAAAAAAGUAACAAAAAAUCAGGUACCAAAAUAUAUAUUAUUAAAUAAAAAACGUCAAGGAACAUUUACUCAAUAUAUUCCAUUUAAUGAUAAUUUACUUUAUCCAAAAACAUCCAUAUCUUUUGAUACAAUUAAUACUGAUAUUAUAUGGUGUUAUGAUUCUAUUGAUAUGUCUAUAAAAUGUUACAAAAAAUAUCUACUUAAAUUAUAUCAUCAUCAAAUAAAUGAUUAUGAAGAUAAAAUAACAAAAUUAAAUAUUCAUGAAAAUAUUUUAGUUUCUGAAGCAUUAGAAUUACUUAAUUUACCUGAAUAUAUCAUACCAGAUAAUCUUUCAUAUAUUACAAGUAUUAAUAAAUUAUCAGAUACUCAAAUAGGAUUAAUAUAUUUAAAAUCAAUCUUAUCAUAUACAAUUAUAAGUUCACUCUCACAUUCAACAUAUGAAAAUUGUUAUCUAAAAGAGGAUAGAAGUUAUGAUCCAGAAAAUUUUAAAGCAUGUAUUAAAAAUGAAAAUAAUGCAAAUAUAUUUCCAUAUCCAAAUUUAACAAGAUAUGUUGGUAGUAAAGUUAAUGAUAAAAAUAAUUUUAAAAUUUUUAAAGUUUCAAGAUUUACCUCAUAUUCUAAUGGAUGGUCUUAUUAUAUACCUAAUGCAUUGACGGCUGUUGAAGCAAUAUCAUUUAAAAGUAAUAAAAUUAUUAAUUUAUGUGGUAUUGGUCUUUUUGGUGGUAAAGGUAAUUAUAAGGCAAAUGUUCGUAUUUAUAAAUUAAAAGGUAUUAAAAAAAUUGAAGAAUUUGGAAAUGAUGAUGAAUUUGCUGAGAUAUUAGCUAAUGAAGAGGUAAUGUAUGAGACUGGUGUUCAAAGAUUUAGUAGUAGAAGAGAAAUUGAUAUUUAUUGUGUUAAUUUAAAAAAACCAAUAAAAUUAGAAAGAGAAGAAUGGUAUACGGUUGUUGUUAAUAUGACUGGUGAACCAGGAUUUUGUGGUAAAAAUGGAAAAGAAAAAGUAAGAAUUGAUUCUGGUACUGGAAAAGAAGAAAAAAAUGGUGAUAUUAUUAUUACUUUUAAAAAUAGUUUAGCUGCCAAUAAUGGAACUGAUAUUAAAGUUGGUCAAGUUCCAGAAUUAUUUAUUGAAAUACCAAAAAAAGAUUUUCAUGAUAAUGAUUAUAAAGGUGAAACUAAUACUAUAUUAACUUCACCAGCAUUAAGUACAUUAAAUGUUGUGAUGGCUGAAACAAUAAUAAGUACAAUGACUGAUGAAAUGUAUAAUUUAAAUACACUUAUUACAAUAAAUACUGAUGGUAUUUCAAAUUUAUUAAAAAUUAUUGAAUGUACUAUUGAUACAUGUUUUGGUUUUAAAAAUGAUCUUACAAUUUAUGAUGAUAAUAUUGAAAGUUUAACAAAUUCAGAUGAUAUCAAAUGGAAUAAAGAAAGAUCAAUAUCAUUAUGUAUAAUGGGAAUUAAAAUGUUAACAUAUUGUAUGAAAUUAAGAUAUCCAAAAGAAUAUUUUAAUUAUAAAACUAAUGGAAAUUUAAAACAUAAAUAUAGAUAUAUAUCAAAUCCAUUAAAUAUUGACUUUUUAUAUACUGAAGCUGAUGCUGAUAUAAUAAUAAGAUUUUAUCAAUUAUUAACUUGUAUCUUAAAACAAGCAUCAAAAAAUAUUUCAUGUAAUGAUAAAGGAAUAUAUUCUUUAGCAAAACAAACAUCAGAAACAUUCAUUUUCUGUGGUUAUUUAUUUUUUUCAAUAAAAGAAGUAAUAAUGGGAAAUUUGAUAAAAUGUAUUAUACGUUCAGAUAUGAAUAAAAAAAUAUCUGUUGAAAAUUUUAAUUACUGGAAAUUAUAUUCACUUUUUAAAUUUAUUUAUGAUAACAAAGAAGAUGGACAUAUUGAUGAUUUAUAUUCAUUUAUGAAAUUUUAUGAACCCAAUUUUUGUGGUAAUGAAUUUGGUCGUAGAAGUAGUGGUUGUAAUGUUUUUGAAAAUACUAAAUUUGGUUAUGAUCUUGGGCAAAGACUUAUAACAUCAAUUGAUACUAUUGGUUAUGGUAAUGGAACAUUACUUCAAAGAGAAAUUGAUGUAACAACAGAUGACUUUGAUAAAGCCUCCAAACCAGUAAAUAUUAUAAAAUUUUUAUUUGGUUUUGCUUUUGAAAAAAAUAGUAAUAAAAGAGAUGAUGAUGAAAAUAUUGGUGAAAAUUAUAAAAAGAUAAGAUUUAAGUUAAAGGAUAUAACACAAAAACUUUUAACAUGUACAUUUAAAAAAAUUAUUAAAAGUUAUUCAAAUAUGUGUCAACAACAAAAUAUUAUGGCAAGUUUAUGUAGAUUUUCAAAAAUAAGUGGAGGAAAAAGUUGGGAAUAUUUAAAUAAUAUUAAUAUUAAAACAGGUACUUCUAAUACUAAUGGUAGAAAGGGAAGUUUAACAGGAAUUCAGGAAAGAUCAGUUGAUGCUAUAUCAUUUUCAAUAAAUAAUUCUGGAGUUAUUUUAUAUGGUUUCAGUAUAUUUACUGGUUCACUUAUUAUGGAAAAAAAAGAAGAUAUAAUUUGUAUGUUUGAGGCUGAAUUAAUAGAAAUUAAUGAAAAUGAAAGUAAAGAGAAUCAUAAAAUUCUUGAUCAUGUUACUGGAUCAGUUGAAUUAUUAAAAUCUUCUAAAACUCAACCUUGGAAUGGUGAGGCAACAGAAGAUGGUGUUGAUGCAUUCCAAUGUCAUGAUAUAUUUUUCUCCAAAUCAAUUUUAUUAUCACCAAAUAUGGUAUAUACAAUAAAGAUAAGUUUUUAUUUUUCAAUACCAUUGAUAACAGCAAUAAGUUUGCCAAAUUGUUGUUAUAUAACAUAUUUUGGUGAAAAUGGUACAUCAACACUACAAUUAAUAAAUGGAACAAAAAUAACUUUUUUUACAAGUGAAUUAUGUAAUAAUGGGACAACUGUUAGUAGAGGACAAGUACCAAGAAUAUUAUAUACUAUUAGAGAAGAACAAUCAAGAAUUGUUGAUAGAGAAACAACUAAAGAAAUUUUAAGAAAUCUUGCUGAUAUAAUAAUAGGAAAUGUUGUUGAAAAUACAAAAAAUUUAAUUGUUAAUGAAAAAGUUAUUCAUGAAAAUGAAAAUCAAGAAAUAAAAAGUAAUGAUAAUAGAAAUGACUCAAAAAUUAUGGAUUUAAAUUUUAUGAUAAAUAUUAUUAAUUAUUCUCACAUAUUUUCUGAGUUAGAUAAAAGAAAUACCUCAAUAAUAUUAAUGAAUCUUCAAAGUUUAAUUAAAAUUAUUGGUCCAAUAUUAAUGGAAAUGAAAUGUAAAUAUUAUAGUUUUACUAAUUUUCCUGAAAACAAAAUACUUUUAUCAAAUUAUUGUCGUUUAUAUAAUGGAACAAAUAUCUGUACUAUUGAAUCUGAUCAUCCCUAUAAGAGGGGUUCUUUUGUGGCACAAUUUGUUAAAUUACAUGAAAAAGUUGAUUAUAUGACAUUACUUUUUGAUCCAGAUUGUUGUAGUUAUUCAACAAAUGAUAAAUUAAGUAUUUUCUUAGUUAAAGAUAAUUUAGAUGAAAAAGAUUUUACCAAUAUUAAUGAUGUUGUUGUAAAUGGUAAUUUAGAAAAAAAUUUUAUAAAAAUUUGUACAUUUUCUGGAAGAGGAAAAAAAUUUGAAAAAAAUAGUGGUAAUUGGCCAAUUGAAUUUAUUACAUUACCUGGAAAAAAAUUAUUAUUUAUCUUUGAAUCUGUUAGUAGUGAUGGAAAAAAUUUAUUAACAAAUGAGGAAGAAAAUACUUUUUGUUGGGGUUUCAAGUGUACUGUAACAGGAUAUAAAAAUUUUGUCAAUGAAAAUAAAUAUUUUGGUGUUUGGAAUGAAAUGAAUAUGAUAGAAAGAUUAGAAAUUUUAGAAAAAGAACUUGUUCAUAUCAUAUCUGAUGGUUGUAGAUUAUUGAUGUUAAAUCAAAAUAAAAAAAAUUUAAAUCAUGGAAUGAUUGGAUGGUGUGAAGAAAAUGAGAGGGGAAAAAAUUUUUAUAAUUUUAUUUCUAAACAUGAAAAUAUUUUAAAAAAAGGAUUAUUUAUUGAUGUUAAACUUCAUAUUAAAGAUAUUAUUGAAGAUGGUAUUAUUGAAGAUAUGGAUAUUGAUGAUAUUUAUGAUGAGGAGGAUGAUUUACUUACAAGAAUGGGUAAUGGACAUACUAUUGAAAGAAGUUUUUUUAAUGAUUUUAUAGAAGAUAAACUUUUUUCUAAAGGUAGUAUAUUUUUAAGAGAUAUUCUUUUUGAAAGUAAUGAAAAUGAUGAGAUUGGUAGUGAUAGAUAUGGUAAUAUAAUGGCACAUGUUGAUAGUUUUGAUAAUUUAUUAACAGAAUUUAUUGAUUUACGUACCAGUGAAAUUGAAGUUCAUUUACUUGGAAAAGAUGAAGAUGAUUGUGAUACAAAUAAUGGUAAUUUAGAAUCUAUCCAAGAACAGGUACUUGUUGGGCAAAAAAUAAUUUUAAGAUUAAUAUUAAAAGAUCAACAUGGUAAAAUAUUAAGAAAUGUAGAUAAUUUAAAAAAAUGUUUUAUUGAAAUAAGAGAAUCUAUUGGUGAAAUUAUGACUAGUAAUAUUCAAUAUUCUAAUGUUAUACCACCAUACAUUUCUAAUAUUAAUAAUUAUGAUAGUUUUGAGGAAUGUUAUGAGGGAAGAAAAAGGGCACAGCUAUUUUCAUUGAUUGCAGCACAUCCAUAUAAACCAUCAAUAGCAAUGAAAUCAAAAUAUAUAGCAAUGACAAUAAAUCCAAUAUUUCAGGAUUAUUCAUUUGAAGAGAUAAGAUGGAGUUACAUGACAGGAAUGAAAAAAGUAACAAAAGAAAAGUAUGAAUUUAUUUAUGAUAAUGAAACAAAUAGUCGUAUUGUUGAAUGGAUACCUAAAAAAAAGGGAAUCUAUAAAAUAUUAGCAUAUCUUGAAGAUAAACAAUUUUUAAUAAAUCAAAAUGUUUCAUUAAAUGUUGAGGAUGUUGAAAGAUUAAGAAUAAAAGGGAAAAAAACUAUUUUAUCUUUUACAACAGUUACUAAAGAAAAAUCAUUAAAAGCAAGUUGGGAUUAUAAUCCAUAUAAUUCUGGUGUUCGUAUAAGACAUGCUCCAUCACUUCAAUCAUAUACAAUUGGUGUUAUAGUUCAUACAACAAGAUUUAAUUUCAUUGAUAUUAUUGAUAAUAAAGAUGGUAUUUGGUUAAAAGUUAAUAUAAAUGAAGAUGGAUUAAAAAAUUUUCUUUUUAAUAAAACUGAAAUUGGUUUACCUGAUAAAGAUUGGCAGUAUGGUUAUGUUUUACAAUAUAGUAAAACAUUAAACGUUGAAUUAAUAAAAAGAGAAGAUUUAUUACUUAAUGAAAGAGGUAAAAGUCCAUUUGAAGUUGAAAUUUCACAUAUAUCUAAUGAUAUCAAAGAAUUAUCUACAAAUAUUAAUAAUUUUGAAUCUAAACAAGAUUAUGGAAGUAAUUGGAAUAAUAAAGAAGAACAUAUUAGAAGUACUAAAAUAAUUUAUAAUGAUAAAAAAAUUCUUUUAACACCAUUUGUAUUUAAGAGUUGUCGGGCAUUGUUUGCCUCAUAUUUAUGGCAUACAAAUAAAUCAAAAAAAAUUGUUAAUGUCAUAGAUAGAUUAACUGGAGGAAAUAAUGAUAAUGAAAAUGAUGAUUUUAUACAUGAAUUAAAAAAUUUAUGGAAAAAAAUUAUUAAAGAAGUAUUAAAAUAUCUUGAAAAUCAAAGAUAUAUUAUGUCAAGUAUAGAAAGUAUGAGAGCAUCUAUUCCUGAUUCUGAUUUAUUAUAUCAUAAUAAUUAUAAAAUUUAUGAAACACCAACAAAAGACUUGACAACUAAAAAUAAUGGUAAUACAAUAGCUUUAUCUUUAUCACCAGUUGGUAAUCCAAAUGUUCCACCAUCAGCAUUAUUUAAAGGUACCCCAGUACAUGUAUCUUCAAAUAUGGGACAUUGUGAAUUAUGUAGUAAAUAUUUUGAUAAACCAGUAACUUCACAUAUGAAAACAUCACAUCCAGGUUGUGGUGCUCCAUCUGGUGGAAAAGGAUAUAAUUCAGCUGGUAAUUAUACAAGUGGUUGGUCAGGUUCAUGUGGUGAAGGUGCUCCUAGUAAUUGUGCAUGGUAUAUACUUUGCCUAAAAUGUCGUGAUAAAUACAUGAAUACGGAUGUUACUGUUGUUAAUAAAAAUUCUUUUUCCUAUGGAACUGGUGCUGUUGAAGAUAUUAGUGAUAAAAAUAGUAGUGAUGAGACAGAUGAAACUUUUAUUGAAGAUAAAUUAGAAGAAGAUAUAAUAAAAAAAGCAAUAUUUUUAUUAAAAUUAAAUCCUUACAUUAAUGAAAAUAAUAACAUUAAAAAAAAUUUCCAUCAAACAAAAGUUGAGGAUUAUGAUGAUGAAGUUUUUAAAACUAUUGAUCAAUCAGAUCCAGAAAUUCUUCAUUCAAUAUUAAAAAGAAAAUCAAGUUUAAGAAAAAAACAUUAUUCAGGAAGUGAUUUAAUAAUAGGUAAUCAAAAUACUAGUGCUAUAUCUGAUCCAGGACCAUCAAAAUUUUCUAUUAAUUUAAUUGAUGAUAACAUUGAAGACAUGAAAAAAGAUGAUAUCAAAAAAUUAAAAGUUAACAAAAAUUUAAAUACAAAUAAAGAAAUUUAUAAAAGAACAGCUAGAAGUCAAGGAAAUUAUCAGGAGUAUGAAGAUUUAGGUAGAGAGAGUUACUCAUUUUUUGAUACACCAAAUAAUUCAAAAAUUAUAGAUGUAAGAAAAAUUGAGCAUGAACUUUUUUCAUUUGUCUUUGAUAAUACUCCAACAGUUGACUUGAAUUUGAUAAAAAAUCAUUUAAAAAAUUGUAUCAAAACAUCCUUUUUAUUGUCAUUUACUUAUCAAACAUUUUUAAAUUUAAUUAGAAUUGUGUCAUCAGAAGAGUCCAUUGAAGAUAUACUAUUUAGUCAUAUAGAAACAUUAACAAUAUUUAGUAAUAAUAUGUAUAAUUAUAUUUCAACAAGACAAAAAAAAUCAUACUCAUUUUUUAAGAAUCUCAAAAUACUUCCACAUCCUGGUAAAAUAUGCCUUUUAAGUGGUGAAGAUUUGGUAAAAGAAGUUGUAGAAGAUUUUCAUAAUUUUAUUGUAUCAUUAUCUUUAAUUAUUAAGGCAGAAGAUGAAGUUAAAGAAGUUCAAGAUAUGACAAUAAUUGAAAUAGAUAAAUUUAGAAGACUUAAAAAUCUUUGUCUAAAAAAUUGGAAUUUUCAAUAUACAAGAUUUGAUAAAGAUAUACUAAAAGAGUUAUGUUGUAUUGUUAAAAUUCUUGGUUCUAUUAUGUCAUCAGGUUCACCAAAAGAAGGUAAAAAGAUGUUUUUAAUGAAAUUAAAAGAGAUACAAGAUCCUUCUUUAAGUUUAUGGUCUUCUACAGGUUGUGGAGAAAGUGAAGUUAAUAAAUUUAUUAAUAUAACUAAAAAACUAAAAUUUGACUCAUCUUCUAAUACAGAAAUUUUAAAUGCUAUUAUGGAAGAUAAUUUAGAGACAUUCUGGGAAUCAUCUGAAGACAAUAAAAAUAAGGAACGUUAUAUUGAAGUUGAAUUUGGUAAUUUAGCUAUCUUAAAACAUAAAGAAAAAAGUAGUAAUACUUCUUCUAAUACAAUUAGAGAAGUUCCUGAAAUUGUUGCUGUUUAUAUUGAUAAUUCAAUUGAUGAUAAAAAUUUUUAUAUUAAUGAAGUUGUUUUUAAAGCUUACACUUUCAAUUUAGAAUGUUGUUAUGAGGACAACAAAGUUGAUGGAAAUUGUGAAUUUGUUGUUUUGAAAGACAUUAAAUUAAAGAAAAAUUUCAAAGGAUGGGUUAAUUGUUAUUUGGGAAAAAUUAGAUAUGAUUUAAAAAAGAUAAGAGUUACAUUAAGAAGUCCCAAUCAAUUGGUUCGCCUUCGACGUCUAAUAAUCCUUGCUGGGGAGGAUAAUGUUAUGGAAAGAAAAAUUGACUAUCAAGAGAGGGGAGAGAAAAAUAUUAGUAAAAGUUUUAGUUUUCCUGAUAGUACUUUGGAGGAUACUUCUUCUGAUGAGGAACAAUCUUCAACUAAUAAUACACCUAAAGUUGAAUCUGAUGCUUUUAUUCUUUUUAAAGCAAUAACUGGACAGGUAUUUGAGGAAAAUUUAAAUGAUUCAGUUGAUGGAGGUUGUUGUGAGGAUGAAAAAAGAUAUGAUGAUACAAAAGUAGUUAAUGUCAAAGAUGGUAAUGGAACAAAAUUAAGAAAUCAAAUAUUAGAUUAUUUAUUUUCUAAGAAUCACUUAGAACCAAUUAAAGGAUAUGUUAGUGUUCAAAUAACUAAAGCUCUUCAAAAAGAAAUUUCUAUAUUAAAAGAGAGUAAAAAGAAAAGAAUACCAAAAAUUAAAAAUGAAUAUGAUGGUAUAAUUAAUAAAAAUCAAUUAAAUUCUAAAUAUAAAUAUGCUUUGAAUCUUGUUAGUAUAAUUGAAAAAUUAUGUAGUCAUAAUUUUGAAGAUAUAUACGAUGGUCCAGAAUUUAAAAGUCAUGAUUUAUUAACUUCUAUUGAAAAGAUACCUGUUGAAGUUAAAGCUUUAAAAACAGAUGUUUUGGUAUUGUUUAGUGAGUUAUUAGAAGUUGUUAGUGAUGAUAUUACUACUGCUAAAAGUGUUCUUGAUGGUAUUGAUAAAACAAUAAAAAUGAUAAAUAUAAGUGAAAAGAAAAACUUUGUAUGUGAAGAUGUUGGUAGAAAAGUUAUAAAAAAUAUGUUAAAUAUUGUUGUUAAUGGUGCAGAAGUUGGUGUUAGAGUUAAAGGACAAAGAAGUAUGGAAAUGUUUGGUUAUGAAGAUGGUGAAGUUAUUGUAAAAGGUGAUAAUAAGCCUGGUUUUGAUGGUAUACAAAAUGAUAAUAGUAAUGAAAAUAUAGAUAUUGAAUUUAUUAUUAAAAGAUGGUUAGAAAAAGUUAUUACAAAUGAUGUUGAUGGAGAAUAUGGUAAUUGGCCUAUUUUUAUAAAAGAUGAAAUAUGCUACAAUAUUAUUGAAGCUAUCAAUUAUUGUUUAGGUAUAAAAAAAAGUUUUAACAAAGAAGAUAAAAUUCUUUUAAUUGAUGAAUGUUAUUCAGAUACAAAUACAAAUAAUUUAUCAUCAAUACUUUUGUAUAAUCAAAAUAUAACUAAUUAUAUAAAAUUAAUUGAAAAACCAAUUUUUUGGAUGGCAUUAACAUCAUUAUCACUUUUAACAAAUAAACAAUGGUUAGAUUUAUCAAUUUUUCAAAAUAAUAUAUCUAAAUCAACUUAUUCAAAAUCUCCUGUUGAAGGUAUUCAAGACAUUAAAGAAUUACCAUUUUGUGAAAAUCAUGAUGACUAUGAAACUAGAGCAUCAUUAAUAUGUUAUGAUUGUGAUGAAAUGAAAUUAUGUAAAACAUGUUUCAAGACACUUCAUUUAAGUAAAAAGAAACGUGGUCAUUCUGUUUUAACAUUACCUUCAAUUAAUUUAGAAGAUGAUACAAAUAAUUUAGAUGAAUCACAAAAAUGUUCUAAUAAAGUAAGUGUUGAAGUUCAUGAAGGUAGUAUAAGACUUAAAAUUGAAAAUAAAUUUUUAUUAUUAGUUAAUAAUAAAAGAUUAAAAGGAAUACUAGAAUUACAUGAUAUUAAAAAUAAUGUUGAUAAUGAUAUUGAAAGUAAUAUUCAUAAUGAAAAUGGUAUACAUCGUGCAUUGAAUAGAUUGAAACUUUUUGAUAAUCCUAUUUUAUAUAAAAUUUGUCGUUUCUGUGAAGGACCAUUACAAACGGAAGUAGAAAAAUUAAAUGGUGUAUGUUAUCAAAGUGAAUGUGAAAAAUAUAAAGGAAAUGUUUGUAAAAAGGUUCAUUCUAAUUGUGGGCAUUUUUGUAAUGGUAUAAUUGGUGAAAAAGAAUGUCUACCAUGUUUAAAAUGUCCACAAAUAUUUAUUGAAUUUGAUAAUAAUAUAAAAGGAAAAAUAAAUCAAGAUAGUGAUGAUUUAUGUUCUAUAUGUUAUACAGAUAAAUUAGGUUCAGCACCAUGUAUACAAGUAACCUGUGGACAUAUAUUUCAUUAUCAUUGUUUAAUGACUGUUCUUGAAAAUAAAUGGAAUGGUCCAAGAAUAAGUUUUAGAUUUAUGAAAUGUCCAUUAUGUCUUUCUAAUUUAGAACAUAAAGAUAAAGAAAGUAAAUUUGAAAAAAUAAUGAAUGAUUAUAGAAUAUUAUAUGAAGAUGUUAAAAAAAAAUCAUUAAUGAGAUAUAAAUAUUAUUGUAAUAUUGGUACACCAAAACAAUAUCUUAUUGAUAUAGAAGAUCAAGAUAAUGAUGAUGUACUUGUUGAGGAAGCAUUACAAAAAUUUAUGUAUUGUUUAUGUUAUAAAUGUGGUAAAGCAUAUUAUGGUGGUGAUGUUAAUUGUCAUCAGGUUCUUUUACAAGAAGAUGAUGGUAAUCAACAUAAAAUAAUUUUUAAACCUGAAGAAUUAAUUUGUGGUGGUUGUUCUAAUGUAGCUGGUGGUGGUAGUUGUACAAAACAUGGUACAGAAUAUAUUGAAUAUAAAUGUCGUUUUUGUUGUUCUGUAGCAGUAUAUUUUUGUUUUGGCACAACACAUUUUUGCCAAAUAUGUCAUAGUGAUUUUCAAAGAUUAAUGAUAUUAAAAGGUGAUGAAUUACCAAAUUGUCCUGUUGGACCAAAGGCAACACCAAUAGUUAUUGAAGGAGAAAUAAAAGAUAAAAAAGAUGUUUGUCCAUUAAAAAUUAAUCAUCCUGAUACUGGAAUUGAAUUUUCACUUGGUUGUGGUGCAUGUAGAAAUAUUAGAGAAUUUUAA